UCCCUUGUUUCCUAUGUCCAUGCCUUACUUUUAUGACCCUGCCGGCAGAAGAGAUAUGAAAACGCCUUUGUGUCAUGGUUUUUUUUAUACAAGUGACAUUUCAUAUUUAGACAAUACGAAAUUUCAAUUAUACAGGAAGAACCAAACCUACUGCAAAAAGAAGGGAUUCUUUGUUUGGGACACCUCGUCUUAAAUGUGUACACAAUGGCUAGUCACGAAGAAUUAAUUUCACAGUUCACAGACGUUACUGGUGUAGAAGCGGAAAGGGCUCAAUUUUAUCUGGAAUCAUCUGCAUGGCACCUGGAUGUUGCUCUUGCAAGUUUUUUUGAAACUGAUGAACAAGGUGCAUCAACAAGUAUACUGGCUGAAGAAAGAAUGUUAGACUCAAGUACGGAUGAAUCUACUGGUAGCGAAGCUCAAUUAAAGAGUAUUAAUCCUGUUGGAUCAAUUUCAAAAUCAAAACCAAGGAUUGCUACCAUUAAGGAUUUACAGAAGAAAGAUAGUAGUUCUGAUGAAGAAGAAGGCCAAGCAUUUUAUGCUGGUGGUUCAGAAACAAGCGGUCAACAGAUAUUGGGUCCAGGCAAGAAGAAGGAUCUCAUAACUGAAAUGUUCAAGUCCUGUCAAGAACAAUCUUUGUCGCUGGAAAAUGAAACUGCUGUUGAACCAAGGCCUAGUACUUUCAGCGGAAUUGGAUACAAAUUGGGACAAACAAGUAAUGAUGCUGAAGCAUUUCCAAGCAUACCCAACAAGGACCAUGGAAGAGAUAGUGUUAAAGUAAUAUCUGCCGACAUGACCACUUACAAGGUUUUGUCGCUAACACAUUCCUCGGCUAAGGACAGUAUUAAGAAAGUUGUUACAGGACUAUCGUCUGGUCAACAGGCCAACUCUGGAAUAAUUACUUUAAAGCUAUGGCGCAAUGGUUUUACUAUAAAUGAUGGAGAGCUUAGAACAUAUGAUGAUUCAAAAAAUAAAGAGUUUUUAUCGGCCAUCAAACGAGGAGAAGUUCCUAUAGAAAUCCAGCAAGAAAUUCAAGGGGCAGAAAUACGCAUGGAUAUGGAAGAUCAUCGGAGCGAAGAAUACAUUCCUUCCAAAGUUCGCCUUAGUGCAUUUUCAGGGAAAGGUCACAUCUUGGGAAGCCCUUCUCCUGCUACUGUUGGUAUGCCCGUUUCUACAGGUUCUUCAGAUGAUGCUGCUAAUGAACUUCGAGCUAGAAGUCAGUUGAUCGUUGAUACAAAUAAACCGGCAACAACAAUACAGAUUCGACUCGCUGAUGGAAGUAACGUGAGAGCUCAGUUCAAUCUGUUUCAUACAGUAGGUGAUCUUCGACGAUUCAUUAUAACAAUGAGACCUCAAUACGCGUCUACGAACUUCAGCUUACUUACUGCGUAUCCGUCAACAGAAUUAAACGAAGAGAAUAGUACGAUCAGUCAAGCUAACUUACAAAAUUCUACUGUCAUACAGCGACUGAAAUAGAUUAUUAUCACACGUUUGAACUUGUUCCAUUUUUAAAUGUUACGAAGCAUUAUUCACUCAAUGAAAAAGUAAAUUUAUUUCACUAUUCAAUAUUGCAUACACAAAGACAAAUGUGUAAGUAUGUAUUUCUAAAAUAAACCUUCGAAUGGUUCUA